AUGACCUCUCAGGCAGACCUGUACGAGAUACUAGUUCUUGAGCCUGCCAGACGGGGAAUCCGCGUGCUCAGCCUCGGACCCGGGACUAACGACGACGCUUUGAAACUCGAUCUAUCACGAAUUUCGCUCAAUGAUAACCCUCACUACACCAUUCUAUCCUACUGCUGGGGGUCUCAAGAUGAUCUACAGCAGGUCAGGGUCGGCGACACGCCACUUCUCAUUUCCCGCCACCUCCACAGCUGUCUUGUGAACCUUCGCCGAGAAGAUUCUCCGCUAACGACCUGGAUCGAUGCGAUUUGCAUCAAUCAGAACUCGAACCAGGAGAAGAACACCCAGGUCCCACUCAUGAGAGACAUUUACAAAGGAGCCACUGAGCUUUUCGUUUGGCUUGGCGAGUCGACGCCGGGGCUCACUCGCAUUUUCAACUCAAUCCAGAGGGUCUUUGAGCACAACAUCGCAAUCGAGCCGGAGGGCAUCUCACAGGUUGCCGAAGAGCUUCUGCAAGCUUCCCCGGACGAAACCGAACAGGCUUUCGUCGAGUUUGUCAACCUACCCUUGUUUUGCCGCACAUGGAUCAUCCAAGAACUCGCACUGCCCCGACAAGACCCCAUGUUCGUUUGCGGGAAGCAUCGCACUCUUGACACACCUUAA